AUGCCUUGUCAACUUCCCGCUGACUGCCUGAAUGGAAUUUUUGAAUAUUUGGAAGAUUUGGAAGAUAAGGUUACCUUAUACUCAUGUUUGUUAGUGAAUCGUCUUUGGUGUGAAGUCUCUGUCGAAAUCUUAUGGAAAAGUAUUUGGAAUUGUAGGACUUUAAUUGCCUGCCUUCCUCUCGAGUCAAAAGAAAUCUUGCUCAAGAACAAAAUCAUCAUCUCACCUCCUACCUUAAACCCUCCACUAUUUAAUUACAUCACCUUUAUUAAGGUUCUUCAAAUUAAUAAAAUUGGUGAAGAAAUCAAUAAUGUACUUGAAGACGAUCCACUUGUCCUUUCACGGGUAGUAGUGGCACAAGAGAUAUUUAAAAUGUUUAUGAACAAAAUCUCCUUGAAGAAACUAAACUUUUAUUCCAGUGCAAACUACAUCAAAUAUAUACCGUUUACCUCCUUCCCUGGGUCGAUAGAUUGUUUGAAGAAUCUUGCGGAAUUAAACUGCAAUUCAAAUAUCUAUUCGGAAUUUUUUCAUCGGCUAUCCAAAAUCUGUCAUAAUAUACAAUCUCUAAAUAUAGGAUUUAUAAAAGUUAUCUCAAAUGGUGUGACAGAUUUGAUUUCCGUUCAGCGAAAUUUAAAGUAUUUAAGCAUAAUCAAAUCUCGUUGUGAAGAUCUGGCGGAUAUGAUUAUACUUCCUUCAAUAGCAAACCUUCCUAAUACUUUAAUCAAGCUGUCUCUUUACGGAGAUGAAUGUGGCAUACCAUUAUCAUUUAUUUCUCGUUUCUCAAAUUUACAAGAACUUAUCCUAGCCUUUGAUGAUUGUAAUUAUCUAGGUUUUGAAAAGUUGUGUGGCGUCAUCUUUCCGAAAUUGCAUAUCUUAAAAUUUAAAUAUGGACUUCCAAAGCAAGAAUGUUUGACUAAAUUCUUGGAAAACAACGGAGUGAACUUGGAAAGGCUUGAGCUAAAGUAUUGUAAUGUCAAUCAUACUUUAAAUUUAACUAUAGUUAAAUCAUGUCCCAAUCUGAAAUCGCUAGGUACGAUCUUUUCUGAUAAUGAAUUAGGACCAUUAAAAGUAAUUUUGAAUCGUUGUAAGAGACUGGAAAGUAUCCGAGUUGAGUGUUAUGAUGAAUGUUUGAAUGAGAGAGAAUUAUUAGAGAUGGUUGCAAAGUAUUCACCAAAAUGUUUUCACGAAUUAAAGUUAUAUUAUGGUUAUGGAGCAUAUUCGGAAUUAUUUCCAAAAGAAUUAGAGUCGUUCUUUACUAGUAUGACAAAUCGUAUUCCACAAAAAUCACUUUCGUUCAUUAUUAUUAAUGGAUACAAGACAAAGAGUUUGGUGUUUAAAGAAGGCAACAUGGAAGUGAUUGAAAAAUACAUCCAAUUAGGUGUUAUUAGGAAAUUUAAAUCUACCACAAAAUAG